AUGGAGAACCAAAAUACAAGAGACUUCCUUAAAAGACAAUGGCCAUCUAUAUUAGCUAGCAAGAAAGAUAUAAAGCUUUCAAACCCUCAGAUAUCUCAUGGAGGGAAAGUCAUAUCAACAAAAAUUGCUAUAAGAAUCACCUCUUCCAAUAAAGACAGAAGUGAAUUCUUUGAAAGAUGGACACCACUUUAUGAUGAAGAAUCAAUAAACAUAUUGGGUGGAGACUUUAACACCAAUACAAAUCGAGUUAGUCAAGCAUCAGCACAAUCGGAUGCAACAUGCAUACAGCUUAAAAGACUUACUAACAAUUUUGUUAACUUAGCAUUUUUUGAAGGGAACAACCCUUUUCUAACUUUCUUCCAAAACACAUGGAACAACAAAACUAUGGCAACUAGAUUAGAUUCUAUCUUUAUUGAUAAAAAUUAUGUCUUACUUGUGGAAAAAACAGAAACUUUAUUUGGCAACUCAGAUUACCUAAGAGAUAGACACCUUCAAGCUACUCGGAUACGAAAUCUAUACAAAUGGACAACCAAAAAAGACUUAUAG